GUUACAGAUUCUCUCGAUACCCACCGUCCCUUUCCAUUGGUUUACUUUAGCUCUUCUGUCUCCCUUUCACCAAUCACCGAUUUCCUUCCUACAUGAAGCCGCUGCUAGCAACGCUGUGACCCUAUUUGGUUGAAGCCUCACUGGCACAGCCCUCACCAUGAAAUUCGGCAAGCAUAUCCAGAAGCGCCAGCUCGAGGUGCCUGAGUACGCCGCAAGCUUCGUCAACUACAAGGCGCUCAAGAAGCUCAUCAAGAAGCUCUCGGCUACCCCUAUCCUUCCACCACAAAAUGAUGUAGCCCAACGCGCUACCGCAGGGCCCGCCGACUCGCAGGCUGCCCUGCAGGCAAACAAGGCGACCUUCUUCUUCCAGCUGGAACGAGAACUCGAAAAGGUCAACGCUUUUUACUUACAGAAAGAGGCCGAGCUCAAAGUGCGUCUCAAGACCCUCUUGGACAAGAAAAAAGUGUUGCAGUCCCGUCAUAGCAUUUCUCGGCGGUCUGCCAAGUUCACCACCCUCCAGGAGGGCUUCCAACAGUUUGCGAACGACUUGAACAAGCUGCAACAGUUUAUUGAGAUCAACGGCACCGCCUUUUCCAAGAUCCUCAAGAAGUGGGACAAGACUUCAAAGUCCAAGACAAAGGAGUUGUACCUGUCUCGGGCGGUCGAGGUCCAGCCAUUCUUCAACGCCACCGUCAUCAGCGAGCUGUCGGACCAGGCCACGACAAGUCUCCAGGAAAUCGGCGCCUGGGCCGAUGGGGAUAAUGUCACCUUUGAGGGCCGCCCAGAACACAUCGUCAGCAGCCAGCAUUUGCCAGGCACAGAUGAGGGGGAUGCAGACACCUUGCUCCUCGACACCGUUCUUUCUGGCAACGUGGAAUCCCUCGGCGAUUUGCUGGGGCGUAUGCGGGAUACUGUGGAUCCUAACAGCCCUUUGCUGGAGAGGUUUACGCGGACGUUUUUGUCUUCCAUCAAUGGGGGGCCACCGGAAUCGCUGCGGUUGCUACUUGAGACUGGCUUGGUGGAUAUACAGUCCGAGGACGACAUCAACGAGCGGAAUUGCCUGCACCAAGCGGCCAUCUACGGCAACUACUUUGUGCUCGAGUACGGCUUGUCAAAGGGUGUGGCUGUUGACAGGACCGACGUGUACGGACGAGUUCCUCUGCACUAUGCUUGCAUGCAUGGCCGGCUCGACAUGAUUGAUACCCUCCUCUCAGUCGCACCCGAGACGAUCAAUCUCAUCGACCACGACAACUACACGCCACUCAUCCACUGCAUCGUUCACAAACACCUCGAGAGUGUCGGGAGGUUGCUUGAACGGUCCGCUCGUCUGGACCCCGUGUCCGAUACCGACCAUGUCCCUCUUAACCUCGCAUGUGAGCAUGGGUCAUUGGCCAUCGCUGAGCUCCUCCUCAAGCACGGUGCCGGGUUAUUGGCCGACGCUGAAGGACUCUACCCACAGCACCUGGUGGCCAGGUCAGGACAAACACCGGAGCUCCUCCUCCUUCUCAAGAACUAUGGAGCGGACCUGGACCAACUCGAUAAGCUCUACGGAUGGACUCCGCUUGUGCAUGCGGCAAGCGAAGGAAACGUCCCCUGUCUCCGGGCGCUUCUUGACGUCGGCGCGGAUCCAAGCAUUCUGGACGAGAAGGAACUCCCGGCAUUGUACUACGCAGCUUGGGAGGGCCACCUGGAGUGCAUGAAACUGCUCACGCCAUUCAACCGGGUUAAGAAACCAGAGCCGCAGGCAUCAGGGCCCCUUGCCCCCAUGAUGGGCAGUAGCGCACCCCUCCCAAUGUCCUUGGACAUGGACGCGAUUCCGAUACUCGAGCUUCCGCCCCCCAUCAUUCCCCUACGACGCUACGGUCACAACUUCUUAGAUACGAAGACGGUCGUGCAGCUCAACUUCGGGGUUAACGGUGAUCAGCCUCUGGUCUUCUUCCACGAUAGCAAGUAUCCCGCGGCGCGGCUUACCAUCUCGUCCAAGGUCUCCGAUAUCAUCCCGAAGAACGUCAUGCUUCCCUUCCAUGAAGACACCCGGCUUGUCUCGUUCCAGAUCGAUAAUUUCGAUUCCUUCACGCUCGACUUUGACGUCUUUCCGGCCUAUGGCGCCAAGGUCAUUGCCAAAACGGUGGCCCUACCUACUACGUUCCGAGCUCUACUGAACAGCAAUACUGGAAGCUGCUGUCUCCCAUUGUUCGACCCGCGGCUGCGCGCUAUCGGGCAGGUCACCUUCGACGCCCAGAUCAUCAAGCCAUUCCAGGGAAAGCCGCUGGAGAUCACCGACUUUGAGACAUACUGGAAGGCGACAAGCCAGGUGGAUACGGUCACGAUGACGCCGGCGAUGACUAGCAGCACGUUUGUCACGGGAUCCAGCUUAUCUGGCGACUUUGUUCGCAUCUACGUACAACACACGAGCGACGGCGUUCCGGUACUCUGGCCACAAUGGACCGUCAGCUGUGGAGGUAUCGACGUGCCUGUGUCGCGGUUGACGCUGGCUCAAUUCCGCACCGCCACCGGCAACGGGCCUCAUUCUCCCCUUCGCGCUGACGACAUCAGCGCGGUUCACCAGAUCCUCGCCUCUUCGGGAGGCACCACGCUCCACGAUGCACUCGACCUCCUCCCGAAGGACAUGCACGUCAACAUCCAGGUGCUGUACCCGACGGCCGAGGAACGGGAGCAGUUGUCCCUCAAGGGGCUAGGACUGAGCGCUGACCUUAACGCGUCCAUCGACGGCCUUCUCGCCGUCGUGUUCGACCACGCCCGUGCCCAGCGUGCGCAGGGGCAGGGCCCGGAGGCGGUGCGGUCGGUCGUGUUCAGCUCGUACAACGAGAGCGUGUGCACGGCGCUGAACUGGAAGCAGCCCAACUUCCCGGUCUUCUUCUGCAACGACCUGGGGAGGCAGCCGCAGGAAGGGAAUAGCGAGACGGAGCACAAGGGGGUCUCGAUCAAGGACGCGGUCAGGGCGGCGCAGAGCAACAACUUCAUGGGGUUGAUCUGCUGCGAGAGGUUGCUGGAUAUGGUUCCGGCUUUGGUGGAUGCAAUCAAAGCGCACGGGUUGGCGUUGGUCGUUGAUAAAUCGGGCACAUGCCUCGGGGCGCCCGCGGUUAGCAACCCGUUGGAUCCGUUCCCGCGGUUGCCGAAGGGAGUAGACGGGGUGCUCAAGGGGAAUGGUGUGUUGCGGUUUAACGAGUCGAUAGACGUGUAGGGUGUAGGUGGCAGGGUGUAGGGGGUAGUAUUUGCAUGGGCGUGUCAGGUUUACGGUUAAGGGUACAUAAAAGGAGACGUAUACAUCGACACCAUCAGAGUGGCG